AUGGAUGAUUUGUGGAAUCAAGCAUGGGAUUCUUUGAUUCAAGAGGUGCAGAGGGAGGCCGACGAGGAGGCGGCGGCGGCGGCGACGGCGGCGAUCCCUCGUGAGAUUCGUCAUCGUCGGACAAUCCCACGAGACCAUGUCGGAGCGGCUGAGCGGCUUAUGGCCGACUACUUUAGCGAUGAGCCUCGUUACCCGGCUGAGAUUUUUCGUCGGCGUUUCAGAAUGUCGCGACCGCUAUUCACCCAUAUAGCGACGACAUCGGGCGACUCCAGGCUCGUGCUUCUACGCUCCGGGAGGGGAUUGCACUGGCUGAUCGGGCUUUCUACUUUGCGCAAAUGCACCUCUCGCACUAGGCAAACCUUGCCUAUGCCGGACCGCUGA